AUGCCUAAUAUUGACCACUUAGAAAAAAAACCUUUUGCCACCAGCCGGGCUAACCUGCUUAACGUCCGUCGGGAGGAAAUCCUCUACCGGGAAGACAUCAAAACCUCGUUCGGUUAUGCGAUUGCCGGAAUUACCGUCUCGUUAGCUAUUGCCGGUGGUGUUUAUGUCAUUGCAGCCACCAAAAUUUCUGACCCAGUAACUAAUGACCCCGACCCUGUUACUAAAUUUCACCAGCGACAAGCCAAAACGGAACAACUAAAUAAUCAUGCUAAUUUAAAAGAGAACUUGGAAACCAAAACCACGGAGUUUAAGAAUUUACUGAAAGAAAAUAUCGCUUACGGGCAAAAAACCCAACGAGCUUUAGUAGCGAUUGCCUUAGAUAUUCAAUCACUGCUGAACAUGAAAAAACUUUUGCAAAAGAUUUUAGCCCAAGCCAAAGAUGAAAUAGAUGAAAUGGCGGCUGUGCAAGCGUUUGAAGUUAGUUAUGAAUUAGCCUGA